AUGAGUAGUGCAAUAGAUGAAUUAUGGAAAAGUUUUAGGUCACUAGACAUUGUUGGGAAAAGGGCAUUAAAAAGUAGAGUUUGUGAACUUGCCUACCCCACAAUGACUUCUUUGUGUCCACCACCUGAGAAAAUAAAAAUCAAAGGGGGAGUCAAGAAGAAAGGCAAAAAACCAGUAGGGUAUGAUGUUUAUAGGGACCCUUCGUAUCAUGAGUAUGUUGAUAAAGCAUCUCAAUCUUCACAGAGGCAAUCUCAACCAUCUCAGGCUUCGAAGAAGUUGAAAUUAUCACAAUCUUCUCAGAGGCAAUCUCAACCAUCACAGAAGCAGUCACAAUCAUCUAAACAGUUCAUCUCUCAAUUUCCUAAUCAUAUUAGGUCAUAUAUUGAAGAUGUAGUUAAUGUUGUAUCAUAUGGUAAUUGUGGAUUUAGAUUCAUUGCUUCAUUGCAUGGAUAUAGUGAAGAUGGUUGGCCAAUAGUUCAUCGAGACUUGGGGUUGGAAAUAAUACACAAGGAAAGAUCAAGUUUGUAUGAUAACUUAUUUGGUAAUCGGUUAACAGAAGUGAAAGAAUAUUUGAUGAUAGAGGCAUUUGAUCCUCAACCACUACAAAAAUGGUUAACUCUACCAGAUAUGAGUCACUUGAUAGCAAAUCGCUAUAAUGUUGUACUUGUAUGUUUAGGCAAUUCGUGCAUGACUUUCUUCCCUAUGACAAGUUCAUAUUCACCAAAUGUCUCCAUUUAUUGCAUUGGUUUUGUAAACCAAAAUCAUUGGGUCCAAAAAAACAUGAAAGAAGGGUUUCCAUUGCCACCGAUCACAUUAGAUUGGAAUAAGUUUCGUUCUCCUACAGCAACAUCUUGGAUGCUAGGAUUUGCAGGAUGUCUACAACAUUGGUAA